UUUUUGUUUGUUACUUUACGCGUCAAUGCGCAGAUGGAAUUAGGAACUACAUCGCCGACUCCAACCUUACCGUUGGGCAACACCCCAGAGACAGAGUACGAGAGCCGCAUUUCCAAUCCAACUCUACACCGACGCAAUGCAUGACCGAGUACUUCAGCUGGCGCCAGCUCACAGACCUGUCAGAAAAGAUACCUGAGCUCGUCGAGCAAUUCGGGUCUGUCACGGCCUCGUGCAUGGCCGACUGCGUGGCACUUGGCACGGACAACGGAACCAUGUUUCAUGGACUACCUGGGCCGCGUAAAGUCGGUGCUGGGUUCGCAGGUCUCCUCGUAUGGAUCGGUGUCUGCGCUCUCAUUUUCGUCAGACCACGCCUCGCUUGUUGCCGGGUACUCCCAGGGCUUUGUUGCCAUGUGGGACUGGGCUAAAGGUACAACCGUGUCAGUGUCAAGACCGCUGCAGCCCGGAGACAAACCCGACGCGGUCGGCCAUCCGGCAGGCACGGCAGUCACUGGAGUUCACUUUGUUGGCAACAGCAAACACCGGUACAUUAGCUCCAGCGCUGGCGGAAGCGUUUUCUACCACCACAUCGUGCGGCGGCUGCUGACGACAAUGAACACGACUCAACUGUCGAGCGCAAGCGGGGGCCCGGGGAUUUUGUUUGAAGCGAUGCCGCUGCCUGGAGGGACCUAUGCGUGCAGACAGACGAGAUGGGCCUGGUGGCUGUGCUUACGAGCGGCAGCCUGAUUAUAUUUAAAACAAAAAACGGAGUGGAGCAGCUAUAUCGGGUGAGCUACCAGCAGCCUGCGCUGUCUGCAAGGCAGCGAGUGGUGCGCACUCAGCUACAAAACAUGGCUUCACCAAACAGCCCUAUUCUGGCAGCACGUCAUGGCUC